CGGCCACGGCUGUGGCGGCGGCGGCGGAGGAGCUGAGCCAGGUGCCGGACGAGGAGCUGCUGCGCUGGAGCAAGGAGGAGCUGGCGCGGCGGCUGCGGCGCGCCGAGGGCGAGAAGGUGGGCCUCAUGCUGGAGCACGGCGGCCUGAUGCGCGACGUGAACCGGCGGCUGCAGCAGCACCUCCUGGAGAUCCGCGGCCUCAAGGACGUGAACCAGCGGCUGCAGGACGACAACCAGGAACUGCGCGAGCUCUGCUGCUUCCUCGACGACGACCGGCAGAAGGGGCGCAAGCUGGCGCGCGAGUGGCAGCGCUUCGGGCGCCACGCGGCCGGCGCCGUGUGGCACGAGGUGGCCCGCUCGCAGCAGAAGCUGCGGGAGCUCGAGGCGCGCCAGGAGGCCCUGCUGCGCGAGAACCUGGAGCUGAAGGAGCUGGUGCUGCUGCUGGACGAGGAGCGCGCGGCGCUGGCGGCGGCGGGGGGCUCAGGGGCCCGCGACGUGGGCGACGGCAGCAGCACGUCGAGUGCGGGCAGCGGCGGCAGCCCGGACCACCACCACCAUGUGCCCCCCGCGCUGCUGCCCCCUGGGCCGCACAAGGCCCCGGACGGCAAGGCGGGAGCCACCCGUCGGUCCCUGGACGACCUGUCUGCCCCUCCGCACCACCGCAGCAUCCCCAACGGCCUGCACGAUCCCUCGUGUACCUACACGCGGCAGCUGGAGACCAAGGUGAAGCUGCUGGAGGGUGACAAGCUCCUCCCACAGCUGCCCCGCCCCUACGGCCACCCAAGACGCUGGCUGCAGGCGGGCUCCGGAGAGUUUCGGACGCUGCGGAAAGGCUUCUCACCCUACCACUCCGAGUCCCAGCUCUCGUCCCUGCCACCCUCCUACCAGGACUCCCUGCAGAAUGGCCCGGCCUGCCCCGUCCCUGAGCUGCCCUCGCCACCCCCUAGCUACAGCUCGGCAGGACAGAAGCCCGAGGCGGUGGUGCACGCCAUGAAGGUCCUGGAGGUGCACGAGAACCUGGACCGGCAGCUCCAGGACAGCUGCGAAGAGGAUCUGAGUGAGAAGGAGAAGGCCAUUGUCCGAGAGAUGUGCAACGUGGUCUGGAGGAAGCUGGGAGACGCUGCCAGCUCCAAGCCCUCCAUCCGGCAGCAUCUGUCCGGGAACCAGUUCAAGGGGCCUUUGUAGGUGGUGCUGCACACACCAGGACUGGCCCUGCCUGGACCUCCGCCGCGCCGCCGUCUCCGUGGUGAAUUGUACAUAGGACCUGGCCCGCCCUGGCUGCUGUGGCAACAUCGAAGACCAGGCACCCGUCUCCCACUUCACACACCAGCACACUGGGAGGACAAGAAACCGCCGCCUGCUCCCUGUAGCCCAGUGGCCUGGAUGGCCUCAGUCCCUCUGUGCCCCGGCCCUGUGAGCGAGAGGGAUGCUGGGCCAGGUCUGCCCAGUGUCCAUCCCCCGGUGGAGGGCAUCUCGCCAUGCCUUCCUCCCCUGGAUGUCCCUGCGCAGACUACCCACCAGCGCCUAAAGCGGACAUAGGUGGUGCUGCUUCUGGCCCCUGCUGUGGCGGGGGCCUUGCAUUGUGGACAAGGAGUCACCACGGCUGUGCUGGCAGGCGGCGGCUCCUCUGACCCUGAGUCCUGAGCGCUCGCCGGGGACCACCACCUGGGGCGGGCCAGCCUCCGAGGCCAGCUGCUGCCUGUCUGUACUGCACACCCCGACAUCCUCGACACAUUCUGUCCCAUCUCCCUGUCCUGGCUGGGGAGAGCUGGGCCGUGGCUGGGGCUGUGGCCAGCCGUGGCCUCCCCAGCGUUGGCUGCACCCGGGGCCGCAGGACAGAGCUGCAGGGCCUCCGGGGCAAGUUCCGUUCCCGAGAAGGGAGGAGCCUGUGCCGGCUCUGGUGUUAGCUUGCUGUGUGCCCUUCAGCGUGUCGCUCAGGCUCUCUGGGCACUGCUGGGUACUGCUGGGUGAGUGGGGUCCCCCUUGUGGUUGAAGCCACCUAGCUCUAGAUGGCCUCUGUCCCCUUUCCCAGCUGAGCCAAGCGGGUGGCUGCUGGAGGCCUGGGCUCAGCUGCCUUGCCGUCUCCUCUCUGAGCCUCCAUGUCCUCAGCUCUAGUGGCAGCAUCAGGCCCUCCACACAGGGCCUGUGGUUUAGAUGUGCCCCUAGGUGCGGUCACUGUAAGCCAGAGGGGUGACAGGAAGAUGCCCAGAGGGUAGGUCACACUGCGGCGCGUAGCAGGUGGGACCCUGGCCUGGGAGGGGGUCACGCUGCCCCAGCUGCCCCUGGCACACCACUCACUUCUGUUCAGGCCCCCGCCAUCAGCCGCCCGCUCUCUCCCUACUCGCCGGUCCCUGUCCUUGGAGCUUCAGGCAAGUGCCUGAAGAGCCCAAAGAGGUGGUCCUGUGUCAGGUCCUGGCGGAGGCGGGGGCCACGCGAGGGUGUGCGGACGGCUCCCUGCCCCCGCCCCACCCAGCACCGUCCGCCCGAGGGGUCCUGCGCAUCGGCCACCUCCCUCUCGGGCCGAGCACUCUCAGGGGAAAGCAGCAGCACGGGCUGUCGGGGAGCCGCUGCGGGCAGGUGCGAGCCCGUCUGCACCCCUCUGCUGGCCAUGGUACUGGACUGGCCGAGCAGCGCCCUCAGGGCUGUGGGCGCACACCGGGUGGGGGUCCAGCCCCGGGAGCCCAUGGGAGUCAGGUUGGAUCAGGAUGGCUUGGCCACCACUGAAAUAAGCAAUAAGGCAGGCUCCCGGGGCGUGGCCCUCCCCCGCCAGCGGCAGCCCCUGCUGUGCCCCGAGCCCGCACAGCUGGGACGCCUGUCUGGGACGGGACGGAGACAGUUGCGGGUACAGCUGGCAGCCACUCCAGGAGCUGGGUGCAGUGAUCAGUAGUGGAGCCACAGCCCGACCGAUGGGGCCACCUGCUGUGGGGACCCCAGGAGCCUGCAACUCAGGGUGACACCUGGUGACCCCCCCUUCUAGGAAAGCCCCGGGAGGGCCAGGGCGGGGAUGGCUUCUCCCGGUGCUGACACUGGACCUCAGCCCAGCGGGUCAGCUUGCUCGAGCUGGCUUCUGUCCCCACUGUGACGGAGGUCGCCCUUCCAGCCCCGGUGGCCUUGCCUAUCCUGGAGUCAGAAUCUGCUGAGCACAUAUCUUCUUAGGGUGGCACAUUUUUAUCCAAAAGCUAUUAGCUACAUACCAGUGUUUAAAGAGAAAAAAGUGACCUUUUUUUUUUUUUCUUGAAACUUGAUGGGAAACAAAAUACAUACUACUGAUUUUUUUUUAAGAAACAAACUAAAAUGCAUGACUGCAGAACGGUAGAGGUGUAUAUUUUUCAUACUGCGGGGGGAAAGUGUUUGUGCUGCUUUUUGGAAACGGACUGGAACGUCUGGUUCCUGUCCUGGGCCGGCAGCGAUGCUCAGCUGCAGAACGAGACCGAGGUGAGACCUGCUGCCGCCCGCUGGCUGCGCAGCCCAGAGCCCGUGGACUCCCGCCCGUCCCCGCCUUCUGUUGAACCACUCUGAUUUGUGGAGAGAGAAAUAGAACUUUUUGAUAGUGUGGUUAAAGACAUUGAUUUGAACUAUUUUAGUAAAAGGAGUAACAAACAAGACUGUGACAGUGUAUACUUUGCGCUAGAUAAAUAAAGGCCUCUUGCGAGCCUCCUG